UCAUCAUUCGUUUUCCGUCGCGACUGUAGGUACGACGUUCGUGCUUCCUACAUGCGAGUGCUAAGUUAUCGCUUGUGUGUUUUUUCGAUCCGGUCCACAUCAAUACUCAUUGUGUUUGAUUGCUGGCUUCUAAUUAGUUGCAGUAAUGCAAUUUCAAUUAUUACAGCUGAUAACUGAUCACAAAUUUGCUUGAGAAUGACUCCUUGUGUUGUUCUUCAGUAACGUGAGGUGAUUGAAAUCAGUUCAAAUUGAAGAAGCGCGCAAUUAAUUCCAGCACGGCCACUGGAGAAAUUACAUUUUCGAGCCUGCAUCAGCAGUGGAUAAUGACUUCCACUUCAAUCUUCAUCGUUGCGCACAUACUACCUUCCACCCACAUCUUUUAUCGCUUCUACCACGGACAGUGCUUCCACGAAUGAGAUCAUCCCAUAUUAUCAGCACACUGUUGAUAGAAAACUACUAUACUAUAAGUACCCGCACCUUCUAAAGUGGUGUACAUUUUCUCACAUCGUAGACCAUUAUUGAAUACACCCGCACAGAAAAAUGGAUAUCUCUCGCGAAGAAUGGAUCGAUCGGGCUCAGGAAAACAUGAAAAAGUUUCUGAACAGAGGUGGCAGCUGCCGCGGAGAUGAACCUCAGCUGCUUCAGGGUGCCAGUCUGGAGAACACCCUGGGCUAUGCACUGAGCCUCACCAUGAAGGACCCGAACCAGUGGACCGACGAGGAGCUGCAGCUGGAAUACAUGGAACAGCUGUGCUUCUACGACGAGGAAUCGUACAAAACUAUCGACAAGCUGGUGCAACAGAUGUACAACGGUAUCCACCGGAACGUGACCUGUCGGCUAACGAUUCUACCCAUCGAGCUGUACAGCGAGGAAAAGUUGUACGAAGUGCCAUUAUUUCGGUAUCAAUUCCAGCAAGCGACGGACACCGAGCCGAAGUUUAUUGACUCCAUUGGGAGGGUGUAUCAGGAUUUCAAUGAUUUUCUGAAGAACAACAAGUACCCCUCGGCGGAGAUGAUGUACCCCAAAGAGGGGCGGCUGGAGGCUACCAACUUGAAGAAUGUAGUUUACGACAUUUGCAAGACUCCAGCGUGGAAGAAUUACUACUUCAAGGCGUUGGAUAUAGCCACCGGGAUCAUUGGAAUCGCCGGCGCCACGGGUGCCAUCUUCCUGUCGGGUGGAAUGGCCGCCCCAUUCAUCGCGGCCAGUGUCGGUUCGGCCAUCUACGCGACGGGGCGAUCGAUCGACGUACUACGCGAUAAAAGCGCCCACCAGGAGUCGUUGAAUCCCUUGAGCGACUCCGAGUCCCGUACGGCGUGGCUCAGCUUGACGGCUCACGUGCUCACCUUUGGGACCAUGCCGCACAUAUCGGCCCUCUCGGGGGUCGCUUCCACCAGCCACAGUAUUGCCACCGGAUUCAAAGUGUGCAACUUCAUCAACGAAACAGGAAACAUCAUCAGCGAUUUGGUGAUUUGUGAUACGUUGUCGGCGAUGCAUUCCAACUACUACAAUGCUAGUAUUGAAACGCGUCUAGCACACGCGGCCUCGAUCUGCUUCUGGACCAAGACGGUGAUCAGCAUCCGCCAGGCUGAGCUGAUGAUGAAGAACAACGCGAUCGUGGCGUUGAAGCUAUUCGGCUUUGAGGAUCACUUCUGUGAAUAUUUCAACAACGAUUCACGAGCGAUUGAUAUAGGAUUGCGAAUCGUGAAGCACUCAUUGCAGAACAAUGUUACGAUCGCUUCGGAUAAACUGGACACCAAGGCGAUCACAAUCGAUGGGUUGAAGUUCGAUAUCGAAACGGUGCUGAAGUUAGAACCGGAGGAAGUGGAGAAGUUGUUUGAUAUCUUACAGGCCAUAGGAAACGAUCAGGAUCGAGAGGCUUUUGGUGAGUUAAGACUGCUAUGCGAAAGCGAUGUGGAUUUGGUCCGACUUAUUUCGAAGGAAGCCGAAAUUGAGAUGCUUCCCGGAAAUGAUUUGGCCGAGAUGUUGUUGAAAGUUUAUGAGGCUAUGAGGAACCAGGACAAAUUCAAGAUGAGCCUUAGCUUGGCGGAUAGUAUUUGUAUAGGCAAUGGGUUCAAGUUGGGAAUCAAAGUGGCGUACAUAAUCUUUGCUUCCAAGGACGAACACGAGAGCGUAGCACCGCUCAUAGAUGCAGUGCUAGAGCUUCCACAAGAGCAGUGUGAAGCCCUGACCAAGAUAAUCAAAACCAAAUCGGAUUACAUAUCAAUUUUUAAACUGAAACCUAGUGAUACUAGUAACGAAGAAAUUAGUGUCAGGAUUAGAAACGAAAUUUCGAAGGCCUUAUCAGAAGAUCAUUAAGUUUUAAACUUUUAAUUUUACAAACGCUUGACAGCGAGUGGAAUCUAUUAGCCAAAUUUUCUAGAAACAUGGUAGAGUCACUGUUAGUGAGAGUGAAAACAAUUUUAAAUGCACCGCAAAAUAGUUUUCUUGGUUGGGGAGUAGCCUCAUCCAGAAAAAAAUACACGCACAAGACAAAUUUACUUUAGUGGGGCUAAUGUGGAAGGCAAAGUUUUCUAUAAAACAAAACUGAUUUCUAGUGAUGACGCUUUAAAGUUUUAAACUUGGAAACCAAAAAACAACAACAACCAAUGAUGAGACUAACUUGCACCUGUUUAGACCGAAUUUAGCGUGUAACGUGAGUUGUGUAGAGAGCAACACCAAGCAUAUGUAAUACUACUAGAGUAUAGCUUUAAGAAGAUAUAGAAUCUAAUAAAAACUAGCUUAGUAGCAUGUAGUAGAAGAGUGACGCUCAUUUUGAGAAAAUCAAAUAUUUGUUAGAAGAAUUAGAAGAAAAAACGCUUCAAGUGAAAAUUGAAACUUAGAGAUAUGAAAAAACAUCACCAUAGUUGGAAACCACAAACAAAAUCAAAAGAGCAGAGGGCAACAACAAACAAGAAACAAACGACACUUGUUACAGAUUUAUUUUAUGUAUUUCUAACAAACAUACACGGACUAACACAAACAUACGACGAUAUAACUCUUCUCUGUAUUGCGAAUAAUUUAUUUUUGAAAAAUAUAUUACAACACUGAUACCACUAUGAUGAACCUGUAAUAGUACCUACAAAA